AAACCAGUGCAUGCAACUAUAGACCUAUUAAUAUAACACCGGUAAUAUCACGAAUAAUGGAGAAAGUGGUUAAAGACCAAGUGUCAGACAACUUACUAGAACAUGAACUUAUCAAUCCAUCACAACACGGAUUCCUCAAAAAGAGAUCAUGUGUGACCUGUCACAUAGACUUUUUCAACGAAGUUACACGAAGCAGGGACAACAGAGAACUAGUAAUUGUGCUAUAUUUCGAUAUAACAAAAGCCUUCGAUAGAAUCCCCCAUAAUCUGCUAGUCAGCAGGUUAUGCUCACUAGGGAUAUGUGACCCUCUCCUGAGCUGGAUAAAAUCAUUUCUCUGUGGCCGAAGUCAGAUAACGAAAGUUGGCUCGAUAAUGUCAAGGCCUAAACCAGUAAGUAGUGGUGUAAUCCAGGGAAGUGUAUUAGGCCCACUCCUAUUCAUAAUAUAUAUAAACAGUAUCUGUGAAUGCUUUAGUGUUGGUAAACCAAUACUAUAUGCAGAUGACUUAAAAGUGACCUAUAAAUGCAAGAACACAGAUCUCGGAAUAACAGUAAACGCCAUACAGCAAGAAUUAGAAAAAAUGGACAGAUGGUGUGACACCUGGCAACUCCAGUUUAAUGUCGACAAAUGUGGCUGGCUCUGCAUAGGUUGCAACAAUUUAGAACUUGACCUGACAAUUCAAGGCCAUGCACUUUUACGACUGGAAUCUGUAUUGGACCUAGGACUGAAAUACUCACAUGACUUAUCAUUUUCUGAACAUAUCUCCAAACAAGUGUCAAAGUCACGCAGACUUAUCGGCUUUCUACUCAGGAACUUUUACAGAAAUGAGUCCAGAAUUCUGUUGUACAAGUAGUAUACGCAUUGAGGACAAAUUGAAAGUCGAGGGAGUGCAGAGGUACUUCACGUCAAAAUUACUCGGAACCGAAAAUGGUGCGAACUACUCCACUAGAUGUGACACCCUAGGAUUAGAAACACUAUGGCUAAGACGCCUGAGACUAAACUUAACACUUUACUAUAAGCUUCUAAACCACUUAGUUUUUACCUCUACUAAUGGCAUUCGACUUUCAGAUGACAGUGGCUACAAACUAAGACACACUAAGGGUACAGUAGCUAUCGAACAAUGUAAAACAGCUACCAGGCAAAAGUUUUAUUUGAUUAGGUAUGCACAGAUAUGGAAUAAACUACCAAUGGAAAUGCGUCAAGCAGGUACAUUGGCCUCACUCAAAAAAGUGCUUAACGACAAACUACACGAGUUUGCAAACGACAGUAGUCCUAGUUCCUAUCUGAGAGCCUCCGAAAUUAU